AUGGUGUUUUCCACCAUUUGGGGGACUUUGGUGUCCAGGCCCUCGUCCAUCCCUGGGGACAUCGAUCUGGCUGUCUCGGCCUAUUCCUGGACCCCCGCAGGGUCUGGAGCUGAGUUGGGGCACUUCUUGGUGGCCACCCGGCAGGGCAUGCUGUGCACCUUGGAUGGGGCCACCGGAGCCUUGCUGUACAUUUGUCAGGCAGAGCAGCCUAUCACCAGCAUCACUCUGACGCCAGAUUAUCUCAUCACAUCGCACAUUGGAAACACCCUGAAUUUCUGGGAGCUUCAGCCGCAGGCUUUGGCCAAGGUCACCGCCGAGGACGUGGCCAGCUUCGCGGCCGGCAUGGCCUUGGCGCCCGUGGCUGACCUGGAGAGUGUAGGCGAAAGCCAGCCCUUGGGGCAUCGAUUGCUGGGCCAGGUGGCUUCUAUCCAAGCCACCUCAUCCGGCACUGAUGCUGUCCUCACUACCGCAGAGGGCGAAGUUUGGACGAUGAAACUGCCCGGGAAGCAGGAAGUGCGUGAAGAGGAGGAUGAAUUUGCUCAGGAUGACAUGUACGUGCGUGCCGACCAGUUGUACUGCUUGCAUGGAAUUCUGCAGCGUGAGUGGUCGGUCAGUGGGCAGAUGUCCCUGUUGUGUUGGUUCCAUACGCACACAGUGACGGCUCUUUGCCCCAUCGGUUCCGGGCUGCAGGUCUGUGCUAGUGCAGACGAAGGUGGUCGCCUACGGCUGUGGCAGGUGGUUCGCGGCGAAGACGCCAAGGGCUUCAAACUGCUGCGCUUCACCUCGGCGGUCACCAGCCUGGCUGUGGAAGCGCGAGGGAAGUUCCUCCUGGCAGGUACCGAUUCUGGCUGCAUUCAUGCAGUGGCUGUGGAUCCGUGGCCAGAUGCAGAGGUGGUCGACACAAAUCGAAUUAGCGAAGUUGGCAUUGCAAAGCUGUGCUGCACUGGCUCCGAGGACGGAUUAUCCUUGAAGGUGGCUGCUUUGUUGUUCGACGGCAGGAUAGCUAUGGCAUCCUUUUCUCUUCGCGAACCGAAAGUCAAAAUGCUGGGGCUCACCGAAAAUCUGGGGAUGGUGGAAGACAUCUGCUGGCAUGAGCAGGAAAAGACUGAGGAGCUGAACAUGCCCCCAAAGCUGCUGGCGGUCGGCUGCACGGCCGAGGCAUCCUGCUUGUGGACUGUGAGAUCGCCCAAAGACAGCUUUGAACCCCGUGACCUGGUGAUCCACCGAGAGGCCAUGGGCUUCUGGUCGCAGAAGCUGGCGGGGGACACCUCUGAGAACCGGCCCACUGCGGUGUGCUCGUUGUCCAAGACCCAAGCUGUCGUUGGAUUUGCCAGUGGCGCUGUUUGCAUUUAUGCAACGCCCACUCAGCCAGGGCUCAUGGUGAAGUCGCCAGCUGCCACUCCAAUGAAGAGUCUGGUCCCUGCUGGAGCCCAUCAUUUGGUGAAUAGCCUCCAGACCAAUGCCAGCUGUACCAUCUUGAUGGUCGGAUGUAUGGAUGGCUCCGUUCUGAAGCUGAGUCCGAGCCUUAAAGAUGGCCGACAGCCAGCUGAUCCUCCAGCAUUUGCCAGGAAAGAGGGGGAGGAACUGAUGUGCAAGACGCUUCACAGUCCCUACAACGGUGGAACAGCACAGGUCGUCUGCAGCCGAGACAGUACUGUGGCCAUGAGCACUGGUGGCGCAGAUGGGAUCUUGGUGUGGAGCGAACCUGGAUCUGAAAUCACCGUGGCUCCUGACGAUUCUCAUCUCAAGGGUCAAGAUGAUGAAGCAUUCGGUGAUGAGACUGCGGCGCAGUUUGCCUUUGAGUUGGAUGACACUGAUGUCAAUGCUUUUCCUGCUUGGGUUCCACCUGCGGCAGGUGCUGAUGCCGCGAAGGGCGAUGACGAGGAAGAAGCUGCGGCCAAGCGAAAGCUGAUGACUCAUGAGAUCGAAGCCUUGCGAAAGAAGCUGCGCAUCCUCGUCGAUCACAACAGCAACGCGCCGGAUUUGGAAAAGUUGGAUCGCUCGGAGUUCUGCGUGGACUUCGAGGAACGCGACGCCAUUGGAGCCAAGUCCAAGGAGCGCUGCGACGCCCUGCGGGCGGAGAUCGAGCACCAGAACGUAGCCAGGCAGUUGAUUCGAGAUCGGCUCAUCAAAGAGUUUUGGGAUCCCAUGCGCGGCAAGGGCUGUCAGAUCACCUCCCUGACCUCGACCCUGGCCGUGUCCAACUACCCCGAGCGGACCGUCAGUGAGGAGGAAAGCACCAUCACACGCAAGCUGCGAAUGCUGCGCAAGAGCGAACAGCUCGAAUUCCAAAUGCCCAGGCUGAAAGACUCCAGUUGUCCCACGGAACUGAAGAAAGACAUGGUGCUGGACGUGGAUCACUUCGCCUCAGGCAAAGAACAGUACGUGGUGAAUUGGUGGCCGGGCGCGCAUAGCAAGGAUGCCAUAUGGCUUGAAAGGAUUGUUGACAAGUUCAAGGCCAUAAGGGAGAUGGCAACCUAUGGGAAUCCUGAUGGCAUUGAAGAUUUGCACGCGCUACCAGAUGAAGAGAGGGCCAAAAUGUGGGAUAACAUGUGUGAAAUUCGCAACUAUGCGAACGAGAUCCUGAGAUUGCUUGGCGCUGCAACUGGAGAAGAGCCGCCGGCUGACCAGAUCCUGAGACUGGAAGAUCUGAACAAUGUCCUGGGUGUUUUCUGGGCGGUUUACGAAUGUGCCAGGGACGCAGCACACCCAGCUGCGCGUCAGAACUGGAGGGCCGCCUCUGGACAAAUCCUUUUUGCCAGUCGCAGAGCUGAGGAGCUGCUGCAGCCAUUCCUGCGGGUGGAAGUUUUCCCUGAGGAGCUGCGUCCAGAUGCUGCCGAGUCAGUUGCCUUCACGCAUCCGACAGCUCAAUCUCACCCGCAGGCCCCUGUUGAGCGGAGUGUCACAGCAGUGACAUGGAGCGUGACAGAAGAAACGCAGACACAAGGGAACGCUGAGGCUUUCAACCUUCCUGAAGUUGUUGCAGGGGGGGAGACAGAAGCAAAACUACAGGCCUUGGAGCACAAUCUUCUGGAGUUGCAGAGUACACGAAGGCAUGAAGACUACCCCAACAUUGCUGAGACACUGCAUGCACUAGGAGAAGUGAGCCAGCAGGCUGGAGAUCUCAAGCAAGCGAAGCAGCACUUGGAUGAGUCCUUGCGAAUGCAGCGCUCCUUGCAUGGGGACAGGGAUCACCCUGACAUUGCCAAGACACUGCAUGUACUAGGAGAAGCGAGCCUGCUGAAUGGAGACCUCGAGCAAGGGAAGCUGCAAUUAGAUGAGUCUUUGCGAAUGCAGCGCUCCUUGCAUGGGGACAGGGAUCACCCUGACAUUGCCAAGACACUGCAUGUACUAGGAGAAGCGAGCCUGCUGAGUGGAGACCUCGAGCAGGGGAAGCUGCAAUUAGAUGAGUCUUUGCGAAUGCAGCGCUCCUUGCAUGGGGACAGGGAUCACCCUGACAUUGCCAAGACACUGCAUGUACUAGGAGAAGCGAGCCUGCUGAAUGGAGACCUCGAGCAAGGGAAGCUGCAAUUAGAUGAGUCUUUGCGAAUGCAGCGCUCCUUGCAUGGGAGCAGGGAUCACCCUGACAUUGCAUUGACACUGCAUGCACUGGGCCAAGUGAGCCAGCAUGCUGGAGAUUUCAAGCAAGCGAAGCAGCUCUUAGAUGAGUCCUUGCAAAUGCAGCGCUCCUUGCAUGGGGACAGGGAUCACCCUGACAUUGCUGCGAUACUGCAUGCAGUAGGAGAAGCGAGCCUGCUGGAUGGAGACCUCGAGCAAGGGAAGCUGCAAUUAGAUGAGUCUUUGCGAAUGCAGCGCGCCUUACAUGGGGACAGGGAUCACCAUCGCAUUGCCAAGACACUGCAUGCACUAGGAGAAGCGAGCUUGGUGGAUGGAGAUCUCGAGCAAGCAAAGCUGCACUUAGAUGAGUCCUUGCGAAUGGAGCGCUCCUUGCAUGGGGACAGGGAUCACCCUGACAUUGCUCAGACACUGCAUGCACUAGGCCAAGUGAGCCAGCAUGCUGGAGAUUUCAAGCAAGCGAAGCAGCUCUUCCAUGAGUCCUUGCAAAUGGAGCGCGCCUUACAUGGGGACAGGGAUCACCCUGACAUUGCUGCGAUAAUGCAUGCACUAGGCCAAACCAGCCUGCUGGAUGGAGACCUCGAGCAAGCGAAGCUGCACUUAGAUGAGUCCUUGCAAAUGCAUCGCUCCUUGCAUGGGAGCAGGGAUCACCCUGACAUUGCAUUGACACUGCAUGCACUGGGCCAAGUGAGCCAGCAUGCUGGAGAUUUCAAGCAAGCGAAGCAGCUCUUAGAUGAGUCCUUGCAAAUGCAGCGCUCCUUGCAUGGGGACAGGGAUCACCCUGACAUUGCUGCAAUACUGCAUGUACUAGGCCAAACGAUUCUGCUGGAUGGAGACCUCGAGCAAGGGAAGCUGCACUUAGAUGAGUCCUUGCGAAUGAAGCGCGCCUUACAUGGGGACAGGGAUCACCCUCGCGUUGCCCUUACACUUCAUGCACUAGGCCAAGUGAGCCAGCAUGCUGGAGAUUUCAAGCAAGCGAAGCAGCUCUUCCAUGAGUCCUUGCAAAUGCGGCGCUCCUUGCAUGGGGACAGGAAUCACCCUGACAUUGCUGCGAUAAUGCAUGCACUAGGCCAAGCCAGCCUGCUGGAUGGAGACCUCGAGCAAGCGAAGCUGCACUUAGAUGAGUCCUUGCGAAUGAAGCGCGCCUUACAUGGGGACAGGGAUCACCCUCGUGUUGCCCUUGCACUUCAUGCACUAGGCCAAGUGAGCCAGCAUGCUGGAGAUUUCAAGCAAGCGAAGCAGCUCUUAGAUGAGUCCUUGCAAAUGCAGCGCUCCUUGCAUGGGGACAGGGAUCACCCUGACAUUGCUGCAAUACUGCAUGUACUAGGCCAAACGAUUCUGCUGGAUGGAGACCUCGAGCAAGGGAAGCUGCACUUAGAUGAGUCCUUGCGAAUGAGCCGCGCCUUGCAUGGGGACAGGGAUCACCCCAACAUUGCUGGGACACUGCAUUUACUAGGAGAAGUGAGCCAGCAGGCUGGAGAUCUCAAGCAAGCGAAGCAGCACUUGGAUGAGGACUUGCGAAUGAAGCGCUCCUUGCAUGGGAACAGGGAUCACCCUGACAUUGCAGUGACACUGCAUGCACUAGGAGAAGUGAGCCAGCAGGGUGGAGAUCUCAAGCAAGCGAAGCUGCACUUAGAUGAGUCCUUGCGAAUGAAGCGCGCCUUACAUGGGGACAGGGAUCACCAUGACAUUGAUGCGAUACUGCAUGCACUAGGAGAAGUUUGCCAGCAGGCUGAAUAUCUCAAGCCAGUGAAGCAGCUCGUAGAUGAGUCCUUGCAAAUGGAGCGCUCCUUGCAUGGGGACAGAGAUCACCUUGACAUUGCCAAGACACUGCAUGUACUAGGACAAGUGAGCCGGCAGGCUGGAGAUCUCCAGCAAGCGAAGCUGCACUUAGAUGAGUCCUUGCGAAUGAAGCGCUCCCUGCAUGGGGACAGGGAUCACCCUGACAUUGCAGCGACACUGCAUGCACUAGGCCAAGUGAGCCAGCAUGCUGGAGAUUUCAAGCAAGCGAAGCAGCUCUUCCAUGAGUCCUUGCAAAUGGAGCGCGCCUUGCAUGGGGACAGGAAUCACCCUGACAUUGCUGCGAUAAUGCAUGCACUAGGCCAAGCCAGUCUGCUGGAUGGAGACCUCGAGCAAGCGAAGCUGCACUUGGAUGAGUCCUUGCGAAUGAAGCGCGCCUUACAUGGGGACAGGGAUCACCCUCGUGUUGCCCUUACACUUCAUGCACUAGGCCAAGUGAGCCAGCAUGCUGGAGAUUUCAAGCAAGCGAAGCAGCUCUUCCAUGAGUCCUUGCAAAUGCAGCGCUCCUUGCAUGGGGACAGGGAUCACCCUGACAUUGCCAAGACACUGCAUGCACUAGGCCAAGUGAGCCAGCAUGCUGGAGAUUUCAAGCAAGCGAAGCAGCUCUUCCAUGAGUCCUUGCAAAUGCGGCGCUCCUUGCAUGGGGACAGGGAUCACCCUGACAUUGCCAAGACACUGCAUGCACUAGGAGAAGUGAGCCAGCAGGGUGGAGAUCUCAAGCAAGCGAAGCUGCACUUAGAUGAGUCCUUGCGAAUGCGGCGCUCCUUGCAUGGGGACAGGGAUCACCAUGACAUUCAUGCGAUACUGCAUGCACUAGGAGAAGUUUGCCAGCAGGCUGAAUAUCUCAAGCCAGUGAAGCAGCUCGUAGAUGAGUCCUUGCAAAUGGAGCGCUCCUUGCAUGGGGACAGAGAUCACCUUGACAUUGCCAAGACACUGCAUGUACUAGGACAAGUGAGCCGGCAGGCUGGAGAUCUCCAGCAAGCGAAGCUGCACUUAGAUGAGUCCUUGCGAAUGCAGCGCUCCUUGCAUGGGGACAGGGAUCACCCUGGUGUUGCUGCUACACUUCAUGCACAAGGCCAAGUGAGCCAGCAGGCUGGAGAUCUCAAGCAAGCGAAGCAGCUCGUAGAUGAGUCCUUGCAAAUGAAGCGCUCCUUGCAUGGGAAGAGGAAUCACCCUGACAUUGCAGUGACACUGCAUGCACUGGGCCAAGUGAGCCAGCAGGCUCAAGAUCUCAAGCAAGGGAAGCAGUUCUUAGAUGAGUCCUUGAAAAUUGAGCGCGCCUUGCAUGGGGACAGGGAUCACCCUGGUGUUGCUGUUAAACUUGAUGCACUAGGACGUGCAUAUUACAGCUUCGGUGUCUCCACAGAACUGGUUGAUUUCAAUCCUUGGCUUCUGAUGGCGAAACAUGGGGAGCUGCUGCCCAAGCGAAGCUCAUGGGUUGGAAUCAGGAGAUUUUUGACCAGUGCCUCGGCGGCCCGCGCCAAGCAGCUGGCCGACGCCGAAGCGGAGGUGAAGCGAAUCGCAGCGGAGAAGAAGGCCAAAGAGGAUGCCGAAAAGCAAAAGGAGAAAGACAAAGGUGGCAAGGAAAAGGACAAGGGUGAAGAGAUAGGUGUGAAGAUGAUGGAAGAUGGAGGUGGAACAAGUGCAGACUCGAUUGUGGCGGAAGAGCAGAAGUAUCUCUACGAACCCUUUGAGCUGGUCACCAACAGCCGCAGACGUUUGCAGAUCCAUUUGCUUCAAUCCUUGUCCGCGGACUACCGGAUGCACUUCAACGAGCUCUUCAAGGCAUGCCAGGGUGAUAAGAGGAACAUCAUCGAUGGUAUCAAAGAAAAGUGCAGCAGAAUCCGUCAGAUCCUGGGGGAGCUGCAGAUUGAAGAGGAGGUGCCCGAACCCAAACUGCAGGAGGUGGAAGAUUGCGACUCAGUCCUCAAGGUGCAGGACCACGAGAUCGCUGUGGAGAAGUGGAUUUCUCCUGAAGAGAGAAAAGCAAGAGAUGAAGCGGCUGCAAAAGAAGAGGAACGCUUGCGGCAGCUGCGAGAGAACGAUGCGGGGCAGAGAGCUCUGGUACAGAUGAUGGGUGGCACACUGAAGACCAAGAAGGACUUGACUCCCCUGGAGAUCGUUCUGGACAAAGAAGCCUGGAUGGACGAAAUCCCAGAGGAUGACAUGACAGAGCUGCAAAAAGCGGCCUUCACGGAGUACCAGGCCAAAGAGAAGGCCUUGGCAGAAGCACAAGAUGCCUACAAGAAGCAGCUGUCGGCGGAGUUGAAGUCCCUCCGCGCCGGAGUGCAAGAGUUGACCUUGCAGUUCGAGGGCUUGCUGAAACGGCUUCAUCAUGAACGUUUUGCGCAUGAUGCCAAAUUCCUGUGCCAGGAACUGUACUGUGCUCGGUUACAGCUGGCCCUUCUGCAAAACGUCGAAGACAACUUGGUUCGCGAGCAAGCGGAGCUUGACUUGGAAGGCUCCAAGGGAAAGGUCAUGGGAUGUGAACAACGCGUGAACGACUUCACAGCAGAAGUUCAGCGGGUCAGAGGGGACCAGGAUGACCGUGCUCGAUAUGAGAAAGAGGUGUCAUCAGCGCAACAUUUCAGGCAAGCCUUUGCCAAUUCAACCUUGGAGGCAAAUGCCAUCACUGCGUUGCUGCAGCUCUUCAGAAAGAAGAAAGAACUCGGCAAGGGCAAGUCCUUCGGGGAAGAGCCCAUGAUGACCGCCACGCGCAGCACGGCGCGGAAGAGCGUGUCGGGGAUCUUCCCAACGAAGAUUUGCAAGCCGUUGGAUGUGGUGGUGGGAGAUCCCUACAUCGACCUGGGAGCUGAGCCCCCUGAAUCCUUAGAGCCGCAAGUGGAAGAUGACAUCAAGCCAGAGGACUGUCCGGAAGGCGUUGAUGAGGAAAGCUUCAAGCGCAUGCACGAGCUGCGUGCGGAGAAGCUUCGGGCGGAGGUGGAGGUGGCGAAAGGAGCCAUGGUUCUGUCCGAAAUGGGUGGAUUCUUGUCUCACUUGGAGCGAGAGCAGCUUGGCGAGAGGUGCGCCGACGCCAAAGGUGACCGAGACCGCUUAGAGCGAGAACUUCGGGAACAUAAGGAAUUGAUGAACCGUGAGCUCUACGACAUCGAGAUUUUGUUCAAGCUGAAGCAGGGUCAGGUUGAAGUGCCACAAGCUGCCGUGGUGACCGACUAUUCGGAUGCCAUUGUGAUCGACCAGGAGGUGGUCGAAUCCCGGAAUAGAAGGAUCACGGAUCUUGGAAAAGACAAGGUUCACAUCCUGACCAAGAUCAAGGAGUUCCGAAAAUCCUUGAGCCUGUUGGACUGGGAGCAUGAAAUGCUGGCGCUGCAAACCACCGAUUUGGAGGAGAGAACCAAAGAUGUACAUAUGCUCCGUGUGACCAAGGACCUGCAAUCUUUGCUCAAAGGUGGCGAAGAAGGCAGAAACAAGGCAGAAUCGGAUUUGCUUGAAAGAAAGAUCGAGCACUUGAGCGAGGCCACUGAGAAGAAGGAGCAGGCACUGAAGAAGCAGCAUUCGAUGGUGUCGCAUGCUGCAAAGCUCCGAAAGAACGAGAACACGAUGUUGGAGAAGAAGCUGCGUGAGCUGCAGCAGAACGUGAUCCAGAGAGAGCACAUCCGUCGCCUCCGGGGCCCCGCGGGUGGCGGGCAGCAGAAGACCGGUGGUGGCGGACGGGUGGAGGAAGAUGAGGGUGCCGCCAAAGCCGCGCGGGCUGCGUUCAAGGAGUUGAGAAGUCGCCAAAGACUCAUGGAGGCUGCUAAGAAGAACACCGAAGAAAUCGAAAUUCUUCACAAGGAGCUGGACCGACUGCGGCAGAGAACCUUCCCGUCCUUUGUCCAGUUGCACGAGGACAGGCCGUCCAACCCCGACUUCAGAUGA